AUGAUCUUUCUAGAGAAGUUGAAGAUGAUAGUUGGCCGGAGCGCCGGUUCUCGUGCCGGAAAGGCUCUUACCACCUCCGCUGGAGUGGCGCCGCCAAGGCUUUCUGAAGCGUGGAGUCAAGCAAAGGCGAUCACGAACAAGCUCUUCGAGGAGCGAGAGUGGCAGUGUCCAUGCGGACACAAGUUUCGUGCUGCCGGGGAGUGGGUUGCUUGUGCGCCGAUAUACUGCGAGGUACCGUCUUGUCCUAACCCCAAGUACUACAUCGAUGGACCUGGGCGUGCCCUUCUAGAGGCAAAUCCUUCAGGUGUGAAGCUUGAGGAGGUGGUCAACUCAAGGGGUAGCGUCUCGCCUCAGGAGGCUUCUUUCCAGAAGCCUGGAGGUGUUGGCUCGCGCUUUCGAUGA